CGGUUUGAGCCGUACUCACACGAGGUCUUUCCUGGAUGUAUAUGUCCGCUUUUACGGCAGGCGUGGAUGCACCUGACCGCAAACACGUCCACAGAGAAGCCGGAAAAGUCAUCGUGUGAGUAUGCCCUGAGAUGAGAUCACCCAUCAUAGAAAGCAAAAAGAACGGGUGGGCGAGAGAUCGACACGUGGCAUCGCCAGUCGAUCGCGGUUGUCAGCACGGUUCUGCGACGGCUGACGUCGAUCGAAUUUGAUCGCGUUCAUUGCGACGGCGUAGACGGAUGGGAUCGAUCAAUCUGCUGACAGAUCAGCCCGACGUGGUUUGCUGACAGAUCAGCCUGACGUGUGAUUCGCCGUCAUCGAUAUCGGAACGGCGUAGACGGACGAGGAUGAGGGAUCAAGGACUUGUCCGAGAGAUAAUACAGUAUAACGUUUGGUCGUAAGAGAGCGUGGGGAGUUUAGUUGGCAGUGAAUCAAGUCGAGGGAAGAAGAUCGACGGUGACGGUGACUUGUAUAAGCCGACGAGGUGCACAGCAACCUCGUCAUUUAAGCAAAUUCGGCGAGGUCCACAACAACUGCGCCAUGCUGCUGAGCGCGUCUCGAAAAGCGGCGGCACACGUGGCACGAGGUUUGGCGGUCAGAGCGCGCCGAAGUAAUGACGUGGGCCAGUUGGUCUUCUGUUAUCAUCAUCGUCUUCGUCGUCCUGGUCAACGUUGCUAUCCCGCGGCUCCUGCGCGUGAGCUCAGUAUCUUCCGGGAUAUUGCACAGCGAGUGAAAGGUGAAAUUGAGAGGAACCCGGAGUUGAAAAAAUCGAUUGAAGAACUGAAGGAGAAGACUGGUGACAUCACCACCCGGACGAAGGAGCAGACGGGUCAAGCUGCACAGGUCAUCCAAGAGUUCAAAAAAAAGAUAGAUGCAGCAAGAGAAGGAGCCGGCUCGAGAGCAAAACUGGCUGCAGAUACUCUGAAAGGGAAGGUGUCGGAAGCAACUGAACAGGUCAAGGUCACUGCUCAGAGUUUGAAGCAACAGUUGUCGGAGAAACAACAUGAAAAAGUGGAUGCUGCAUCUGGGGUGGGAUCAGGAGAUGGAAAAGCAGGAGGAGAGGACAGGGCACAAGAAGAAUCCCAUUCCUCGACGGGGGCAGGGACAUCUGGUUCGUCAUAUGCAGAGCAGGCAAAGCAAAGAGUGGCAUGGGCACAGUCUAAGGCGAUGGACAUAUUGGCGAAGAUGCAGGAGACAAAGGCUGUUGACAGCAUCAGGAAGGGUGUCCUGUUUGUCAAGGAUGAAUUGACUCGGUCAGGAAGGAGGGUGGAAAUACCUCGCCAACCAACUUAUGAGGGUGAAACGAGCAGCAGAACAGAGAUUGCCACUGUGCAGAAGAAGCUCAGCCCGUGGGAAGCUCGAUGGGAGAAAUUUAAACAGAAGUACAUGGACCAUCCGAUUUUGAAAAAAGCUCAAGUCAUUAAGCAACACCCUGUUAUUGCGAAAAGUCAGGAGGUUGCCGAAGAUAUUCGAGACGCAUGGGAGACCAGCGACAGCCCUGUGGUUCACAAGAUUCAGGAUAUGAAUGAGACAAUAUUUGGGGAGACACCUCAAGCAGCGGCUAUGCGGGUUAUCCGAGAAAGAGACCCGUAUUUCUCCUUACCGGAGUUUGUGCAAGACGUUCAGCGUGAUCUGAAGCCGGUGUUGACUGCUUAUCUAUCAGGAGAUAUACAGGCACUACAGAAAAAGUGCUCCAAAGAAGUGGUGCAGAGAUGUGCAGCAGAAAGGAAAGCCAUGGACUACAUGGGAGUUACAUAUCUGAACAAGCUGUUGCACAUCUCCGACGUGGAGGUCAGGGAGACGAAGAUGGUUGGCAAAGACCCUACAAUUAUCCUAGGGUUCCGGACCCAGCAAAUUUAUUGCGUAAAGGACAAGCACGGUAACAUCAAAGAAGGGGCUGAGGAUGACAUCCACACUGUCUACUAUGCAUGGGCAAUGCAGCAAGUGCCACCCGACGAAAUGGAGGAGGGGGAGAUGCAGACUCGCUGGCGGUUAAGGGAGAUGCAACAGCUAGGCAUGCAGGCGAUCAUCUGAGAGGCGCAUGAUCAGAGGGGCGGUCACCAUGCCUCCCCCCCUGUGUGUUUGUUGGUUUCCAAAUUUUUUAUUUUCUUUCUAGCAGAUUUGUUGUUUCCAUCGGCGAAAUGAAAGGUUUCAUGAUUGUAUCAGUUGGCUGAGUUUUUAUUACUUUAAUGGUGUUGCAGCGGAAGUUGUUCGUCUGUUUCCAUCGGUUGAAAUUCUUGAGACUCUAGUUCUUGUUGUUGAAAUUCCAGUUGUGGCUGAUAUAUGCUGUUGCUCUUUCUCCCAUUACGCGUGGCCUUGGGGAAAUGAAAAUUCAAAAUUUGU